AUGUGGGUAGCCACGUGUGUGGGACUUGCUAACGAUGACAAGCUGUCAUUUACUUAUAUUUUACUGUGUACAAUCCAAGUAGAACGUAAACAACCAAUUUAUGAUAACUGGCUAAUGGGGUUAACACUCGGGACAGUCUGAUAUAACGAGGCUGCGUGAGCGUGCAGCUAGCUUGUUAGCCGCGGUUAUUACUAAGCACGUCUCACUCCGGCACUUCUGGCAUCAAAACAAUGUUAUCUCACUCCAGACGCCUAAUUUAACAGCUAGACACAAACAUACAUACAUCAGCUACACUUAAGUGAAAACGCAGCUGUAUAUAAUCAUAAUAAACGUAAUUUUCAUACAAUUAACUCUAUAAACCUAACGCACCUUCCUUCUUCGCCUUCGGUGCCAUGUUGGGAAAGGAAGAACGAGAGGGGUUUCCUUCAGUAUAUCGCAGGGGUUCACGUUAACAUGCGUAGUCAUCGCGAGAACAUCACAAGGCAUUAUGGGUUCUGUAGUCCACGUGCGCGCUGUAAAUAUCGAGCGCAGCCACAGCAGAGCGGGGCUUAUGAGGAGCACAGUCACGCAGUGAUAGCCAAAAGUUACUUUUAAACGAUUACUUUUUUUGUAUUGUUUAAUGCAUUUGUCACAAAAUAACCUUAUAGCCUACUAAAUAAUAUUUGCCUCUACAACAAAAUUGUUUCGACUAAAUAAAGUUAGUCAAGUCUAAAAUAGGCUACUUGUAGAAUAAUUUUACAAAAAGCAUUCUUCCUUUUAAGUCACCGGACAGAAUGGUUGAGCGUUUGCUCUUGUUAAAGCUCUCACAUGAUGAACUCUCUACCCCCUGUGAAAGGAAACAGGAUCAUCUGUGAACUCCCUUUGUACUUUACAAGGGAUGCUGCAGUGCACACCAAAGAUGGCUUCAAUAUUACCGUUAAAGAUGCAUGUCAAGGACAGAAAACAGGAUUGAAUGUAGCCAAGGUCAUUGUUGUUGGUGAUGUAGGAGUUGGAAAGACCUGUUUAAUAAACAGAUUCUGCAAAGACUCAUUUGACAAGACAUACAAAGCAACUAUUGGAGUGGAUUUUGAGAUGGAGAGAUUUGAGGUCCUCGGGGUGCCCUUCAGUUUGCAGUUGUGGGACACAGCAGGUCAGGAAAGAUUCAGAUGCAUUGCAUCCACAUACUACAGAGGAGCUCAAGCCAUCAUUGUUGUCUUUGACCUGAGCAAUUAUAGCUCUUUGGAUCAUGCAAGAGAGUGGCUUGAAGAUGCCAUGAGAGACAAUGACCCAUCUAGUGUUCUCCUCUUCCUCGUGGGAACCAAAAAGGAUCUUAGUCACCCAGAGCAGUUGGCUGUAAUGGAGCAAGAAGCCGUUCGGAUCUCAGAGGAAAUCAGAGCCGAGUAUUGGGCCGUGUCUGCGCUGUCAGGGGAAAGUGUGAGAGAUUUUUUCCUCAGGGUUGCAUCGCUUACAUUUGAGGCGACUGUGUUAUCUGAGCUGGAGAGGAACAACUCUAGACAAGCGAGUGAUAUUGUCAAAAUCUCGAACAAUUGUGAUGAAAAUUUUAAAAAGAGACAAUCCAGCUGCUGUCGUUGACUAAAAGUAUGUAACGUUCAAAUGGCCAUAGAAGUGAUCCUUGAGUACAGACUUCGGGAUGAUGUCCCAUAAUGCCCAGAUGAACAUCUUUGAAGAUAAAAAUGAUACACACAGAGGACUUGGCCAGUGAGAUGAGGGGACCUCUACAAGAAUUCAUCUGAAAGUGAAGUUUGAAAUGUAAUCAGAAGUGUACUAAGGAAUCCAUGAUAUAUUCCAUGUGUUUUUUAAGUUAUGAAUAUGAAUGCAUUUUUCAAUAUCAUAACUGUAUUAUAUGAUUAUUAUCUGGAUACACAUUAAUUUAGUUCGUCAUAGAGUAGACUAUCAAAUAACCAGGAUCAAGUCAGUGGUUUUUGUCCAAAAACGUGUUAAUUUUUUGUUCCAAGCAGUGUCAUAUAAUGAUUUAAAUAUGUAAAUCUACCUAUAAAUAAUUUCAAGUCUAUUACAUGAAGCGAUGCAAAUCCCUGCAAUUUGAUGGUAAUGAGUUGUGCCUUCACAUUUGCUUUUUCCUAGCAAACAGCAGUGUUUAUGUGCAGGAUACUUAAGAGGUCACAUGAAAUGCCCUCCUGGCGGUUCUGAAUGGAUAUUUUGUAAAUGUAGCCCUUGUUUUUUCAUUGCAUCAUGAGUUUCUCUGGCUAAUAUGAUACAUAUGCCAGCACUCAUGACCACCGGCUCUGCUGCCGUCUACACGACACAAGAUUCCCAUUGCGAGCUAAAUGGAAGGUUUGUUUAGACGUAAAUGGAGAAGUGUCACUGUGAAGCAAACAUGAGCAGCUCACCAAACAUCCCACUUGAACGGUUAUAUUCUGUAAUGAAAUGUCCCCUCAAGUCUACAUGAGAGAAUAAAGGUUAAAAAUUC